UGGUAUCACCUAUUUGGAUCGUAGUGCUAUUUCAUAACUGGAUUGAAUCAUCUAUCCUCAAGGGGCAUGUCUAUAUAAAGCCGGGAUGGCGAACGAAUGCCUCGUCUUCAGCCGCCUCGAGACUGAUAACAUCUCACAUCUGAAUCUGAUCUGAUCUGAUCUAAUCUACCAACAACAUUGCACUAGACUGCCUGUAUAAUUGAGUUUAACAACCUGCAAAAACUACGCUGCCCACAAUGAAGCUGGCCAUGGCUCUAGUUGCCCUGAUUGGACUGUCUGCCGCCAAUCCCAGACCCCAGAUUCCAACGCCCGACACGCCCCCUCCGCCACUCUCCUCUCAGUUGCCGGAACCAACGACGACUAGCACUUCGACCUCGCCCAAGGGUGCGCCACCUCCUGCUCCCACCAGGGAGCCUCCCGUGCCGGAGGGGCCCAUCUGUGAAUGCGGCUAUACCUAUUGCGCGUCUGUGCUAAUGGGCAUGAAAAAGCCCUGGUCUCAGAAGCAGCUGGCCGAGGCAUACUGCAAGACUCCCCACGCCUCGUGCAAUGACAACGUCCCUGCUACAAACACCUCGUCUGCGCUGUACAUCUGUCUUUGCGACGACAUCGACCAAAAGGUUGGCACGCACUUGGAUCUCGUUUGCGGGUGUGACAAGUGCUUGAAUAUUGGGCCCGACUUCCGGGGCCGUUGUGAGACUCCUUGCCACGGCGGGAACUGCCAGAUGGAAUUGUAG